GGCUCCCUCUGUCGGUGACCAGGACAAGUCAGAGCAGAGUCUGGUCGGAAAUCCCCGCUGGAAAGUCCCGACGUGGUUUCCCUUUUCAUCUUGUUCAGUUUCUGUCUUCUGACUUUCGCCAAGGGAGGGGAGAUAGAGAGAGAGAAAAAGUGUCUGCAAACCGAACUCAUUGUAAUGCGAGUGUAGUCCAGAGCCUGCAGCAGCUUUGCAGUUUAAGACGAGAGAAGAAGGGGAUUCCGCACACUUCAAACAAGGCCAGAGCGAGACGGGUUUGAAAACCCAUUUAACAGGGGCUGCUGUGGAAGAUGGCAGCUGAAGGCAGUUUGUUGCCUCAGUUUCUCUUCGCCAGUAACUUGACGAAGACGGUGAGGCUCAGGGAGAGGAUCGCCAAUGACCUAGUCAGACCGGACUGCACCAAUGGUUUGAUUCACCAUUUCAGGAGCCUUCACAGGUACACGGUGGAGCUAUUCCGACUGAGUCAUUUCAACCUUCGUUUCAGGACUAAAAUCCAAGACGCUCUGUUUGACAAGGCCCAAGAGGCUGCCCUUCAGCAAAACAGGAACCUUAACUGGUGCAGAGAGGUCAAGAAACUUGUGCCUUUGAAGACAAACGGUGAUGGAAACUGUUUGUUGCAUGCCACAUCCCAAUUUAUGUGGGGAGUUCAGGACAUUGACCCUAUCCUUCGGAGAACACUAUGGGAAGCUCUAAAAGAAACGGACACCAGAAACUUCAAAUUACGGUGGCAGAUUGAAUGUAUCCGAUCACAAGAAUUUGAAGCCACAGGCCUCCAGUAUGACACCAAGAACUGGGAUGAAGAAUGGGAGAAAGUGGUGAAAAUGUCAUCUGUAGGUUCACAUCUAGGCCAGCCUGGACUACCUUUCGAUUCACUAGAGGAAAUCCACAUCUUUGUUCUUGCCAAUAUCCUUAAAAGACCAAUCAUUGUUAUUGCUGACAGGGUGCUGAGAAGCUUUAGUACCAACACAAGCUUGGCUCCCUUGCAUUUUGGAGGAAUUUACCUGCCACUGCAUUGGCCACCACAAGAAUGCUAUAAAUAUCCCAUCGUAUUGGGCUAUGACAUGCAACAUUUUUCUCCGCUUGUUACCAUCGAUGACAGAAGUCCAGAAAUUCGUGCUGUUCCAUUGGUCCACAAUGAAAGAAGACGAUUUGAAGAGUUCACAGUGCACUUUCUAAUACCAAAAGAGGAGGAAAAUAAAGCCAAACUGCUGGAGGAGUACUUCAAUCUUAUUGAAAUACCAGUCCAGGGUCUGGAGUUUGGUACCACUCAUUUAAUUAAAGCUGCGAGGUUGGAUGAAGGCAACCUUCCAGAAGACUUGAAUUUAGUGGAAGAUUACUACCAGCUGGUGAAUCAUGAAUACAAGAGAUGGCAGCAGAAUCCAACUGAGAGCAAUAGGCCUGCUCGUAACCAGAUCCGAAUGAAUAAUGCUGCAUAUCUUGGGUCUCUCAUUGAAGAAAAAUGUGCCACAUACGGAUGCCUUUUCUACUGUUCUGUAGAGACAAAGCCGUAUUGCCAUGAGUGUUUUGAGCAGGCAAAGAGCAUGAAGAUGGACGGCAACAUGAAAAAUCGUGAGCAGCAGCAGAAAAAGAAAGGGUGCUGCCCUCCUCGGACUGAGCUGGUUAUCACUGCAACCACACCUACAGAACCAGAACGAUCAUCUCGACCACGUUCAGCACCGCCAACAGCUCCUAGUCUUUCUCUCUUCAGUGAAACAAAUGCCAUGAAAUGCAAGGUUCCCAAUUGCCCUUUCACAUUAAAUGUGCAGCACAAUGGACUAUGCGAGCGAUGCUUUAAGACCAGGAGAGCUGUGCCAGGCAACACAACUGAUAAUAGAACUGCUGAGGUGAGAAUGCCUUGUCACAGAGAGUCCAGCUCAGAGAGAGUGGGUUCAACCUGGGAGAAUACAAGGACUAAACAAGGUGCUGGUAACCUGUUGAAUCAGGAGCACAGUCAGUGUGACAGAUGUCACCAGGACACUCUGCAAACAAUUAACGGAUUGUGUAAUAUGUGCUUGUUGAGGACAUUUCAAGGAAAUACUUCAUCUUCCCAUGAGGACUCUAGCUCUUUCCGUUCGGGCCAUGAGAGGUCACAUUCAGAUCCAAGCCAGAUUAUAAGGAAUAUGGGUCACCUCUCAACGCCUGAUCAAUAUCAAACCUCUCAUGUAUGGACUUCUACCGCUGGGCCACAUGUUCCUCAAAGCACCCAGAAGGGCCGAGCCACCUACAUCCCUGAGGAACUGAAGGAAGGUUUCCAACCAUGUAAGAACUCUGGGUGCCACUAUUUUGGAACAAAAGAGCAUGAGGGUUAUUGCACCAUCUGCUUUAUUGAAUAUAGAAGAAACCUUGAUGAAACUGUUAAUCAGAACAGAAUACAAAGGAACGUGCAACCUUCUCACCGGCCACCUCCAGCUGAUCACCGAUUCCAGAACAUGGCUAGUUGUCGGGGUCAAGACUGCAACACAUUUGGAAAUAGUCAUUUUGAAGGAUAUUGCCAAAAAUGCUUCAUAGAUACGCAGUAUCAGAGAUACAAUGAAGCUACGGGAUCUAGAGACCGUUCCAGCUCUAAUGCAUCACAACAUCGACCUUCCGACCACAGUGAGUUGAGGAGCCAGAGGACUAAAUGUGCAAGGAAUUAUUGUAACAACUAUGUAACAUCCACUGACAGUGAACUUUGUUUAGAAUGUCGGCAUAACAAUCGUGGCACCAUCCGGGAUCCUCUCCUAAGUCACCCACCAAAGCAGCGUUGCCACGCUACCGGCUGUGACCAUUUUGGCAAUAAUAAGUGCAACGGGUAUUGCAAUGAAUGCUAUGCUUUCAUUACCACUUAUGGAAGAAAAUAGAUUUCAGUGCAAAUAGUAAAUGUGGAGGAUUUUUUUUUCUGCACAAGGAUAAAUUGUUUUUGGUACCACUCUGAAAGAGUGAGCGUUCUGUCUCAGAUGGAUAUUCCAGUACAGAAAGGCUUUGUAGAUAUUUUCUAUGUAUUUGAUUUGUAAAUUUAUUUAUUACAUUCGUAAUUUGUUUUUAUAUUAAUCUUUACUGUUUGGUAAACUGUAAAACAAGCUAUAAUUUCUCUGUAUUUUGUGGUAACUGUAAUACAUGUCUUGAAUAUAACUCUAAUAAUUGUGUAAGGGAAAAAUAACCCUAAAAUAAAUUAUUUUCAAAAUCUAUAUGUAUAAGCAAAUUUACUUUAUAGUUUCAGUUGGUGUGUCUGUAAUAUAGAUUUUCUUAUACAAGAAUAAGAGCUGAUGUUACUACAGAUGAUCCCAAAAGGUUACAACACUUAAACUGCACCAAUCUCUUUUCUCAGUUUAUUUCCGUAGAGUGCCAAUUUGAGUAUGUCUAUGGAAAGAUUAAAUCUUGUGGCCUAAUUUUGAAAGUGUCAUGAUGAAUUUGUAUAAGAGGAUUUCCUUAUUUGUAUUGUCUGAAUAUCUUGGCAUAAGUUAGGCACAAAAUCAGAAAUGUACAGGUCUUGUAAAAUAGGAAAUGCUUGAAUGUAGUUGCUUGUUCUUCAAGUACUAAAGUAUAAUGUUAACAGUCACUGGAAGAAAAAUAAUAGUGGAGGUUUAACUUGUUCAAAGUUUUGUAUUAGCCAUUUUAUACCCAUACUUCUAUAUUUUUACUUGAUAGUAUUCUGUUUGAGUAAUUGGCAUAAAUGUAUUUUAAAACAUGCAGGGUUUAUGAAGAGAAGUUUUAUGGCCUGUUGAGUUAAGUGUGCCACAAUAUCUGUUGUCUCACAUUUUCUGUGCCAAAAUCUAGCCUGACUUUCAGGUCAUAGCUUCUUAGUACUUUCUAUCCCCAUUAGAUAGAAAUAUUUUUUGUUGAAAAAGUAAAUUGCCGUUGUAGUUGUAACCCUGAAGAGCGCAAGACAUUCAGUGAGGUGAGUCUCCAAUUCCCACUUCUUGUUGUUCACUGUAGAGAACAGGAACUAGAGGAGAGGGGAGUUGGACCCCUGCUCCAUUAGUGUAUUUGCUGAUACUUCAAUUUUAUCUCUGCUAAUAGUCUUAACCCACUUUAAACAAGCAUUUGAUAUCCAGGCUUGAAUCCAAGCUAAACUAUGAUGCAAAUAGCUUCUUUCUUCUUCCAACUCUCAAUCCAGUUCUUAUUGCAUGAUAGUUCACAGCACAAUGAUUCCCCCAUAAUUCAGCACUAAAUUGACUAUUUUGCUAAGAAAUGAGA